UAUAACUGGCUAAAAUAGUAUGCUAUUCCUUUUCAAUGAUUAUCAUCCUAAACACUGCCCUCUGAUCCGAGGUAACGAGACCGCUUCGUGUGGACUUACAUCAUCCUGUUCGUCCAAUGGCGUUGUCCGCCCAGACUUGAGGCCUGAUUGGUCUGAUGCAAAGGGAGAGGACCCUCCGACAUGUGCCUUCUCCGCCCCUAUCUCCGUCAGUGGGUGAAAUACCACUCACUACGUGUAGUUGUUUCUGAGUGGGAGAUAGUCGUUGUAGACAUUCUUGAGAACGUCUUAAUAUUUGUUACGCCAUGGACAACGGCUCUAUAAACAGCCCAGAUGUAUGUAAAUCCACUGGAAAUGUAAAAGUUGUGGAAGCGGCUUCCUCCGACCAAGGCUGUGGCUCGUGCUUGCGGAGCCCCGGGAGGUUUGUCCCGCUCCACUACCGCGAGGAGCUGAGGCAACUUUUCAAGCUGGCAGGACCUGUGGUCAUCUCCCAGUUAAUGAUCUUCAUGAUCAGUUUCAUCAGCACGGUGUUCUGUGGCCACCUGGGGAAAACUGAACUUGCCAGUGUAGCAUUAGCAAUUGCAGUGGUUAAUGUCACUGGUGUUUCCAUUGGCACUGGUUUGUCUUUAACUUGCGAUACUCUGAUAUCACAGACGUAUGGGAGCGGUAACUUGAAGCGUGUGGGUGUGAUUCUUCAAAGAGGGGUUCUGAUCCUGCUGUUGGCCUGUUUCCCCUGCUGGGCUGUACUUAUCAACACUGAAACCCUCCUGCUCGCUGUCAAACAGAGCCCAGAGGUCGCCAGUCUUUCCCAGCUAUAUGUCAAAAUCUUCAUGCCUGCUCUACCAGCUGCUUUUAUGUACCAACUCCAAGGGAGGUAUCUCCAAAAUCAGGGAAUUAUUUGGCCUCAGGUUAUAACCGGAGCAAUUGGAAAUGUCCUCAAUGCAAUCAUCAACUAUGUCUUCCUCUAUCCUCUGGAUAUGGGUGUUGCCGGAUCAGCAGCAGCCAAUGCCAUCUCACAGUAUUUACUGGCUGUGGUUUUGUUCAUUUACAUCUACUGGAAAGGUCUGCACAAGGCCACAUGGGGAGGUUGGUCACUGGACUGUCUGCAGGAGUGGGGACCAUUCAUCCAGCUGGCUAUUCCCAGUAUGCUCAUGCUUUGUCUGGAGUGGUGGAUGUUUGAGAUCGGCGGAUUCCUGGCUGGUGUGAUCAGCGAGACAGAGCUCGGGGCUCAGUCUAUAGUCUAUGAGCUGUCAGUUGUGGCGUACAUGUUCCCACUAGGAUUCGCUGCUGCUGCCAGUGUCCGAGUCGGGAAUGCUCUUGGUGCUGGAAAUGUAGAGCAGGCCAAGCUAUCUUGCAAAGUUCCUAUAAUUUGUUCAUUCAUAAUCGCCUGUUUUGUGGGAACCAUUCUUGGCAUUUCCAGAAAUGCCAUUGGAUACAUAUUCACCUCAGAGCAGGACAUUUUACAGAGGGUUGCUGAUGUCAUGAUUAUUUUUGCUUUCAUGCAUCUUGCUGAUGCUGUUGCGGGCGUGACUGGAGGUGUCCUUAGAGGAGCAGGAAAACAGAUGAUUGGUGCGCUGUGUAAUCUGGUGGGAUAUUACUUCAUCGGCUUUCCCAUUGGUGCAUCCUUAAUGUUUGCAGCAAAGAUGGGGAUUGUGGGACUUUGGACAGGACUUAGCCUUUGUGUGUUAAUGCAGAUGAUCUUCUUCAUUGUCUUUGUGUUCAAGCUCGAUUGGAAAAAGGCUGCUGAAGAGGCUCUUGUGAGAGCUGGAGUCCGGAUCAAAGAAGACAAAGAGAUGGUUAGGAUUGAAAAUAUAGACUGCAGUAGGAAUCAGGCGCAGGUCAGCACUGUCCUGAGUGAGAGUGCUGAGGUUCAAGACCAGCAUAAAUCCACUACCACUACAGUGGGAGAUGUCCUGACUGUUACUCAGCUGGUUUUACGGCGGGGCCUGACAUUGCUGCUCAUGAUCGUCAUCUUCAUCAUUGGAAUCAUAGCCAAUGAGUUCCUUGUCAAGCUGCUGAAGUGACUCCUUUGAUAGUUUAAUGCUAGCAGUCUCAGGAAGCUCUCUGAUUCAGAACUGAAGCUUUAAUCUCAGUGAAGUAAUAUUUGAAUGUUAACACUGAAUCACCUUAUAGUGUGAAAAAGUAGUUCAUGCUUUUGAUACUGUACUUGAUACAGAUUUGUGCAGCUUUUAACCAAAACACUUUUAUGUCAGCCACUUUAUGUCAGAGCAGCACAUUAGCAUGCCAUAGAAGCUGAAAGGCAUACAGGUGAACUGGAAAAACAGAGCUUUCAGAGUUGUUUUCUUAAAGGGAAAUAGGAUUACACUGUAGCUUUUACAAAUCUUAUCGUAGUUGAUGAAUGCCAGUGUUUGCACUGUGAUGUUAUUUUGGAGCUUAUUUGUGGACUCUUAGAUAUUACCAUUUCUUAAUGUGCCUUAAGUAAACUAUUUGUUGAGGAAUGGCGUGAGCUUUAGUGUUGAAAUCCUAUAUUCACAACCACUUCUUCAUAUGGAGACAGCAGAUGUACUGUAUUGUUCAGUGCUUAUCCUACGUGCCAUAGGAUAGGAUUAAACAGUGAAUUCCAAAAAGUUCUGAUUUAUAGGUUAUACAGUUGAGAUGUUCACAUUCUGUGCCUCCAUUUAAAGUGAAUAUAAAGAGAAAACAUUCUAUGUAUUUUGAUGGUAAACCCAUAAAUAGUAAUAGUUUAGCUGGCAUUAUUUCAAGUGUUUUAAGACCUGUCAUUGCAAGGCCAAAAGGCAGAUAUUGUGAUUUUUUUUUUUUAAGUUUUUAUUGUAUUAUUUUGUUGUUGUAGCAGUAUGUAGCUUCCUAUAGAUGUUCACCUAGUCUUGUGAACAAUAAUAAUCAUGCAGUGUUAUCUCAGAAUUGUACUUGUGACUCUACAUGGUCUGACAGUUUUGUCAGCAAUGAUGACCAAAUGAAGUUUUGCUGCCAGAGUUAUUUAAUCACAGUGAAAACAAGCAAUACCAAAAUGUAAACUGUGAUUAAUGUAGUGUGAUAAUUUUCUAUUUAUGUACAUGGGAUAUAUCAUUCAUCAACACCAAAUAAAUAGUUGAAUGAUUAA